CGACAUGACCCCCACCAUCGGAAGACGCAGAAGAUUAUUGUCAAAAAGAAACAAGAUUUCAUCGGGCUGUCGGGAUCAUCCACCCUCUCCAGCCGACUCGUUGCCUCCCAGGACCAAUCCUUUCUCCCACCCACGUCGGAGCUGGGGGAGCUGGACACGUGGCCCGAGGGGAGGAAUGCCUGGGAGGAGGAAGGAGACGCUAGUUGGGAGGCGGACGAGGUGUUGAGGCAGCAGAGGCAAAUGGAGAGGGAACGCCGCACAGCUGAGCAGCUUCGGAAGAAGGUGGAGAAGGACAUCCUGAGAGCCCAACGGAAGGAGCACGGGAAGAUCGCAGUGAAGCUCUCCUGACCUUCCCGCACACACGCACGCGCGCGCGCUCGCUCGUACAUGCAGUCGUAUGUGCACACCGUGGCAGGGACUGUCGAGAUUACAAUUGCGCUGUCAUCAAGAGCCAAAUUCUCCCGCAGUUCCCCUAGACCAGUGAUGUGCAACCCAGACGAGUUAGUGGGCCACAUGAGCGGCCCUCCUUCACCUCAGUGGGCCGCGAGCUUGACAUCGUGCUUGUGCACUGAUCAUGACCCCGUGCAUAACCCUAGAAACACUUAGACCAGGCCACCACCGAGGGGCCGCACGGGACGCAUGCCGCCCGCGGGCUGCAGGUUGCCCACCACUGCCCUAGACCCUCGUAGUUUAUUCCCAAGCGAUCGAGACACCUGGUUUUUGCAAGCAGCUGGCCUCUGGCCCGGCGAAUAGUGUGGGAGUUUUCGGGGGAGGUGGGCAGGGGUAAUGCCGAGUGAGUGGAGGUCGCACAAACACUGUUUUCCGUCUACGAGUUCCUGCCGUUGAUGGGAAAAUUUAAAAUCCCGCCGCUUCCUCCCCUCGGCGUUCAAGCACAUGGUACAAUUUUAAUGCGGCUUCACACGGAGUGUUAAAAACACACAAUUCCAUUUGCCCGUGUCGGAGCACUGAGCCAGCACCAUAGAGAUCUUCGGAUCCUUGAUUGCAAUUUCUCGGUGUAUCGAAUUGUGAUUUGUGUAGCUUACGAAAACUUAACAGGCUUAAACCCACAAUUGUAUCUCUGAUGGUCCAUUUUAGUAAAACCACAGUCCAUGCACCUCCUCAAAGGAGCAAAAUCUUUCAUAUUUGCCAUUCUUCUGUCGUUGCGCAGCACAGCGAGAGUCCGUACUGGAGGUGGUACAGUCCAAUUGGACAGCGUGGAUAAGGGAGACAAUCCAUCUAUAACCCCGCUGUGCUGGGAAAUUGCCGACAAAUCUGUGCUCUCAUGCAUAGGAUUAGCUCAGCGGACUGUUCCAUUUGUCUGUAAGGGGUGGACUGAAAGAGGGGUUCUUGUUUAAAUGAGACGGCGUUGUAAAAAGGGGAUGCGGUAAUUGUGAAUAUUAUUUAAUUGUAGGUUAACAUUCACGUGCGUGACAUUUUUAGAAAUUAUAGGUAUUUUCAUUUUACACUGCAGGCCACAUCGACCCCUACCAGCCUCAGUGUCCAUGGGCCACACAUCAGUGAAAUAGAUUUCUAAAUUGAAAACUCAUUCCUUUUGAACUGCUCUUUGUGUUGAGUUUGUUGUCCUUCCCCCGCACCUCCGAUUAGCACGGUUGGCUACGUAUGGUGCGAAAGAAGUUCAACAUACAAACAUACAAUGGGAGUCAACAGUUUGAUUCCCCCUACAGGCAGAUUUUGACAAUUGCUUUGGUAUGCUAACCAAAGAAUGCCACCGGCUGUAAAUAAUAAUGUCAUUUAUUAGCCUUGGAAAGACAAAGGGAGUCAAUACUUUUUCAUAAAAGUGCUGCUUUGCUGUUUGGCCAAUUCCUCAUGGCGUAUUUUACAUAUCCAUUAGAAACUGGAGUGCUUAGAGAAAACCCACAUGUACAAGGAGAUAACACACAAUACUAGCCAAUAGGCUGCUUUCCAGCGGACUAUUGUAAGCCAGUGCCUCGAGUUACACCUUAUGCGCGCCAAAAAAAGAUUAAACGUAUAACUUGCAUCAGUUAAAAUCGACUAUUACGAUACACGCAUCAUAUCAUGAGUGAUAGAAUCGAUUAUGAUUUUUGCAAAUUAUAUCCGAUGUUGUGCUGUUACAUUUAGCGUAAUGGGCUAAAGAAAAACUACAUAUGAGGCAGAACGAACGAGACGCAAUUAUGGGCGAGACGAAAUAAAAUCGAUUCUUGAAUUGAAUCGUGACCUGAAGCAAUCGUGGGGGGUUGGGGCUAGGUGAAUCGUUUAGAUGCCCAAACGUCGUGAUACGUGAUGUUCUUACCCGACCACAGCGCACGGGACAUCCCCAAAAGUAAUGCCUCAUUCAUUUCCCAACAACCUAUUGAAGUGAAAGACAACAGGUCAAAUCGUAUCAACGUCUGUCAAACGGCAGAAGCCUUGCUCGAUUGUGACAGUGCCAAACCACAUAACGAACCCAAGAACAUCGGCAGACCGUUAAACAGGUCGGGUCAGCUGCCCUGCCUCCCCCCACCGUCCAUCACAAUUCCCUCUUGAACGACAGCUUAUGUGCGCACCGUUUUUUUUUUAAAUGCCACCGUCUCUGGAAGGGCGUGGUUCACAAGUGGCUACAAGAUGCCAACGAAUCCCUUUCUCGUGGUGGAUGCCAGCCUGGUUGCUUUGCACAUUGACUCAAGUGCAGAGAGAAUGGUAGAGGCUGUGCUGAGCAAAUAACCAGAUGUUCGUGGCCUUUCCCAAAAGCGAAAAUCUAACGCGUGUUCAUUAAACAAGCACGGAGCAUCGCGUUUCAGUACGGACGUAAUCAUGCGUCGAUUUGUGGAUUAAUAUGGAUUAUUUAAGCUCAAAAGAUGUAUGCAUAUAACUGCAGGUGUUAGACUCAUGUUUUUGUUUUAGAUGUUCUAAAUAAGGGUUUAUUGCGAUUCCUGCAACCACGAGAGGCCACUACUUUCGCAAAAAAUAUGAAAAGGAAUAACGUUUUGAAUUGUAUUGCCAUCUUAAGUUGCGACAAUUCACCAAAUCUUUCGACCUGUAUUUUAGAGGCAUCUUUCCUUGAUGGAAUCUACUGAGGUUUUGGUAGGGGUCUUUAGGGCCUUAAGUCUACAUUUCAGACACCCUUUCAGAAUAAUAGCCUGGUUAGUGAAAGGAGGUAAUCUGCCUAUUUUUCACGACGAUAUACCAGAUGACUUCAGUUUGAGUUGGGAUGGCAAUUGGUGAUUAAAUGGUGAUUCAUUAUUGAGAACUGGU